UUAGCUUUCCAUAGAUCUUGAUUGACACGGUGACAAAAAUGGCAUCAUCCGGAGCUCAUUUAGGUUUCUCGACCUCCAAAUUACUGCUGAUUUUCACGCUUUCUAUUGGAGUGAAAGCAGUACUGUAUGAACCGACUGGCGAUGUCUUUGUCCUGGAUGAUUCGAAUUUCGCAAAUAAUGUUUUCAACUCUGACAAAAUCUGGUUUGUCGAGUUUUUCUCGAGCUGGUGCGGGCACUGUAUCAAUUUUGCUCCUACGUGGAAGUCUUUCGCGAAGGAUUUGCUGGAUUGGAGACAUGUUGUCAACGUAGCUGCUAUAGACUGCUCAAAUAAGAAAAAUACUGAGGUAUGCAGGAAACAUGAUGUUCAUGGAUAUCCUUCAUUGAAGUGCUUUUUUCCAUUUACAAAACCGGAAAACAUGACGGGUGUCAAACUACACAGAGGUGGGAGAGAUGUGCGGGCAUUGAGGGAGUAUGUUGCCGCACAGAUCGAGGAGGAAGCUCAGAAACCCCAUCGUCUCAAGCCCUGGCCAGAUCUCCAACCUGCAGAAGCACCUUGGGUGGGGGACUUCUUCUCUCAUCAUCCCAAUCAUCAGUUCCUGGUGAUCAUCUUUCAGGGUACUGACAACUUCAUGGGAAAAGAGAUCAUCUUAGAUGUUUCAAACAUUGAGAGGGUAGAGGCAAGAUGGAUGAGGAAAGCAGAUAACCCUCUUAUCGAGAAAUGGGGUGUGGACUCGUUCCCCUCGGCAUACAUCCUAGACCGCUCAGGAGCCCCUACCAAGAUUGUAGGAACCGACAGGGGCAGCUUCAGUGCGGCCAUUAAGCAACACAUCAAAGACAAUGCAAACAAACAACCCCCAGUCGAACAAAUCCUUGAUGAUACCAACCAUUACCAUGGUGAUGAGAUGCUGAAAAAGGAGCAUCUAUUGGGACCAGGAGGAGUGGUUGGGAAGGUCAUCAAGAGCGAGGGAGACAACAUCGAGAGUGACUUUGAUGGGAGGGACGUGGACGAGGAUGGGAAUUUGGAGAUUAAGGAGAAAGAGAAGGAGGAGGAGGAGAAGAAGAACGAGAUGGGGCUCAGUCUGCUCUUGAGGCCAGGCGACAAGGGAUUCGUGGAGAUGAAUAAAGGAGGAAGAGGAGAAAAUGAUGGAGGGAACGCAGGAGAGGAGGAAGAAGGACAAGGCGGAGGAGUGGAAGCGGGGAGAGAGAAGGAAGCGGAAGGGGUGGGGAUACUACGGGAGGAGGUGGGAGGUGCCGGAGUCGGGCUCGAUGAUGUAGGAGUAGAUGAAGGACUGGUAGGGGAUGAAGGAGAGGCUGGUGAAGAAGGAAGAGAAGGAGGAGAAGGAGGAGGAAAGCAGAAGAUUAUGUGGAAUAAGGUGCUAGAGAAGAACAAAGAGAAAGCAUUGCAGAAGAAGACCAACGUCAGGAUGAGCGAUCAGAGGCCUAGCGAGUGGCCUAAAGUCUACAUGCUGGAUCUGGAGUCAGCCAUCCAGUACUCACUCCGUCAGGAGGUGUCUCUUCGAAGUCACAUAGAAGGGGAGGAGCUCCAGGCUCUAACCAACUACGUGGGUGUCCUCAGCAAGUAUUUUCCAGGGAGACCUGAGGUGAUGUCCUUUUUGUCCACCAUCCAUCAAUGGUUGCUUGAGAAGGAGGGUACCAGCAUACCCAUACAAGAAUGGUUGACCCUCGUUGACCCAACCAAGGAACCAGGGAUUGGACUCCCCGAUCGAGUGGAAUGGAUCGGAUGUCGUGGCAGCGAGCCUCAGUUCCGUGGUUACCCCUGUGGCCUCUGGACGCUGUUCCACACUCUGACCGUCUCUCAGGCUUCACUCAUCAGAAGAUAUGAUAAUGUCAGCUACAUGGAGGUUCUGCAUGCCAUGAGGGGCUACAUCCUCGCUUUCUUCAGCUGCCAGAACUGCCGAGAGAACUUCCGUCACGAGGUCGCCGACCUGGACGACUCAAUCACCUCCUUGGACAGCGCCAUCGUGUGGCUUUGGCAGACCCACAAUCACGUCAACAAGCGUCUCCAUGGCGACCCUUCGGAGGACCCCGCCCACCCCAAGACGCCUUUCCCCUCGCGGACUAUAUGCGCUUCCUGUUACGCGAGCACCAAUGUAGAAUUGUGGGAGGAGAGGAGGGUUCUUCGAUUCUUGAAAGACUACUACGGCUUGCGGAAUUUCGCGUUCAAGGGAAUCCACGCCUCGAACAGCGGAGCCCCGGACGACACGGACAUGGGGACCCGCGCCACCCUGAACCCUGAGGGUGUUAAGCAGGAUGUUUUGAAUCACUUGCGGCAGAGGGAGAUGAGUAUUCGGUUAGCGGUUGGGACGAGGAGAGCGGGGUACUUUGGUCUCGGGAUCAACGGGGUGGACCUCAGCAUGUGCAUGGUGCUGAAUGUCAGCUGCGUGAUGCUCAUAGUCUGCGUUUACUUCGUCCUGGUAUGGAGGAGGAGAAGGAGAAAGAGGCUCCUGCCUCGAUGAUGAACCUUCUCUCAUUUUCUUUCGCACUCUUGGAGAGUGCCGAAACCAGAGACAUGAUUAAGACAUUUUUGCUAUUUAUUUAAUACACUUGAGGAGAAUGAUAACCUGUGGUGAAGCGAGACCAAAGUCGGAUGAAAAACGAGGGUUAUGUUACUCAUGUUCGACAGGUUUAAGUAUCAUGGUGCAAUUUGAAAUAUCCUUUGUAAAGUCAGUUUGUUACUUUGUGGUCAAUAUCUUCUCUUUGUGAGUAUGUGGUAAUUCCCUGGUAAUGAAAUGAUGCAAAAACACUGUUUCUCAGCCUUUGAUUUGCUUCUCAGAAAUGUAAGAUUCCUAUUCCCCAAUGUUUAAAACAUAGAUAUCUGUGGUUGGACUAUCAAUUUGAUGGCUACAUUUUUUCUUCCCCUGACAGAAACAUUAAUUUUUUUCCGUUAUGAAGUUGAUGUCCAGGUUAGGUAUUUUUUAAGACAAAUUUACCAGUGGGAUAAAGCAUUUUUGGUCCAUUUACACUCUUUAAAGUUCAUUUAUGACAAUUGUCACAAAAAGGGAUGUCCCAGAAGGGGUUAAAAAAUUAUC